AUGAACCACAGCUCCAACGAGAAAGAACCUGAGACCAUAGAGCCACUGCGUUACCUCAGUAAAACUGAAGUGGCGACUGUUGAGACGGAGCUCCUGAGGGACUACCGCUUCGGCCAGCAGCAGCUGAUUGAAAUAUGGGGCCAUGCCUGCGCUAUUGCCAUCACCAAGGCUUUCCCUUUAAGCUCUCUCAGUAAAAAGCAGCCCACCCUGCUGGUUGUUUGUGGUCCCGAGCAGAACGGCUCCAUCGGUUUGGUGUGUGCGCGCCAUCUGCGCAUGUUUGAAUACGAGCCCACCAUUUUCUAUCCCAAGCGCUCUACCCUGGGUUUGCACCAAGACUUCACUGUUCAAUGUGAAAAAAUGGACAUCCCUUUCCUAUCCUAUCUUCCCACAGAGGUCCAGCUGUUAAAUGAUGCCUACAAUCUGGUGAUCGACGCCAUCCUGGGACCCGAAACUGACCACAAGGAUGUGAAGGAGCCUUAUGCUGGGAUGCUGGUGACUCUUAAGCAGGUCAAAAUACCCAUCGUUAGUGUGGACGUGCCCUCAGGUUGGGAUGCUGAUGAACCCGCCAAAGAUGGGAUAAAUCCAGAAGUUCUCAUUUCUCUGACAGCUCCCAAAAAGUGUGCAACGGGCUUCUCGGGAAAGCAUUUUCUGGCGGGGCGAUUCCUGCCCUAUGACAUUCAGAAAAAAUAUGAACUCAAUCUGCCAGAAUUUCCCGGCACAGAAUGUAUUAUAGAACUGUAG